AUGCCGAUGUCAAAACCGCUGGAGACCGUGUGCGUGUCGCUGGUAAUCCUGUGCUCGGUCCACCUCUUCGUGGUCUUGGUCGUGUACUCCGAGGUGCCCGCGAAGGCCAUUUCGUUCCUGCGCCAAAGAAACCUGACGGACCGAUCGGACGCCGACGCCGUGUGGCCCCCUCCGCCGAUGAGGAAGAGGCACCAGGCAGACCUCGCACGCGCCACGCUCGGGGUGCAGGACAACGUCGAUGUUCCGGGCCAGAGUCCUCGCCAGGAACCCACGGAGCUGUGUACCGACGACCCCGCAGGCCUUGUGGGGCUCCGUCUGGUGGAAUUUAACAUUCCCGUGACCUUGGAAAAGACAAAGACCAUGAACCCAAAGGUGCAAGAAGGUGGCCGGUUCCGUCCUGCAAACUGCAUCUCCAAACAGAAGGUGGCCAUCAUCAUCCCCUUCCGGCACCGGGAUGAGCACCUAAAGUACUGGCUCUACUACCUGCACCCGACACUCCAGCAGCAGACCAUCGAGUAUGGCAUCUACGUCGUCAACCAGGUUGAUGAUGCGUUGUCAGAUAAGCCCAAUGACCAACGCGGCAUGGGGAAACGCUCAUCAAGCAGGGGAAUAACAAAGUUUGGAGAGGGAAUUUUCAACCGAGCCAAGCUCAUGAACAUCGGCUACGUGGAGGCCCUCAAGGACGCCCCCUACGACUGUUUCAUCUUCAGCGACGUCGACCUGGUGCCGAUGGACGACCGCAACCUCUACCGCUGCUAUGACAACCCCAGGCACUUCUCUGUCGCCGUAGACAAGCUCGGAUUCCAGCUCCCGUACAACAUGAUCUUUGGCGGAGUGUCAGGCCUCUCCAAGGCUCAGUUUGAGAAGAUAAACGGCUUCCCCAACAACUACUGGGGCUGGGGUGGCGAGGACGAUGACAUCUCUACCAGGUGA